AUGUUAAAGAGUCAUCUAGAGUUAAAGAGUCAUCUAGAUCUGAGCUAUGGGUCGCAAGCUCUGAAAGGGGAACACAGUCUGAGCUAUGGGUCACAAGUUCUGAAAGGGGAACAUAGUCUGAGCUAUGGGUCACAAGUUCUGAAAGGGGAACAUAGUCUGAGCUAUGGGUCACAAGUUCUGAAAGGGGAACAUAGUCUGAGCUAUGGAUCGCAAGCUCUGAAAGGGGAACAUAGUCUGAGCUAUGGAUCGCAAGCUCUGAAAGGGGAACACAGUCUGAGCUAUGGGUCACAAGCUCUGAAAGGGGAACACAGUCUGAGCUAUGGGUCACAAGUUCUGAAAGGGGAACAUAGUCUGAGCUAUGGAUUGCAAGCUCUGAAAGGGGAACAUAGUCUGAGCUAUGGGUCGCAAGUUCUGAAAGGGGAACACAGUCUGAGCUAUGGGUCACAAGUUCUGAAAGGGGAACACAGUCUGAGCUAUGGGUCACAAGUUCUGAAAGGGGAACAUAGUCUGAGCUAUGGGUCGCUAGUUCUGAAAGGGGAACACAGUCUGAGCUAUGGGUCACAAGUUCUGAAAGGGGAACACGGUCUGAGCUAUGGGUCGCUAGUUUUGAAAGGGGAACAUAGUCUGAGCUAUGGGUCACAAGCUCUGAAAGGGGAACAUAGUCUGAGCUAUGGGUCACAAGUUCUGAAAGGGGAACAUAGUCUGAGCUAUGGGUCACAAGCUCUGAAAGGGGAAACAGUCUGA